ACAGCUACACAGUGGGCCUAUGAUUUUUGGCCAAGAACGUUUGAAGCACAGGGACAUGAAUGUAUUCGUGGGCAUGAAUAUUGCGCAGCAUUUGCGCAGUGCAAGUGCGGCUAUUGGAAAUCGAACGUGAUUGAAAGCGGAACUGUGCGCUGUGUGUGCCACCUCCGUCUGGACUGAAGCGGUACAGACUGGUGUGAUGGCGCUGCGAGCGUGUGGCUUCAUUAUCUUUCGUCGUCUGGCUCAGGCUCCUCCUGACAGCAUAGAAUAUCUUCUCCUGCAGACGUCCUAUGGGGAGCACCACUGGACUCCACCUAAAGGUCAUGUGGACCCUGGUGAGGAUGACCUCACCACUGCACUCAGGGAGACCCGUGAAGAAGCAGGUCUUGGUGAGGAACACCUGCGCAUUGUGAAGGACUUCCUGAAGGAGUUACGCUACCAGGUGCGCGGGAAGGAUAAGACUGUACUCUACUGGCUGGCCGAACUUCGUGACCCUGCCAUGUCUGUGACGUUGUCCGAGGAGCACCAGGACUACCGCUGGGCUCGGCUAGAUGAGGCAUGCACACUAGCACGUUACCAGGACCUCCAAGAGACCCUAAGGGAUGCACACCACCACUUGGAGGCCAGUGAGAAGCAGUGAACCAGCUCAGACAGAAAUGUAAAAGUACCCCUCAAUACUGAGUUGGGUGUUCAAUGAAUCAACACUGCAUUGUGUACAGUCAUGAUAUAUUUCUUUGUAGUGUAUGACAAACCAUACAUACUAGUCUGUUUUACUGGAGGUAUACUUUGUAAUUGCACGGAUGAAUGAAAAGAUUUAAUCAAUACUGUAUCAAAUGCAGCCACUCAGAAGUGUGGCAUUGUAAAUCAAGACCAAUCUGAUGAUUGAUGAGGUAUAUGAGCGCAAGGUGAGUCUUUCAGAAGACUGUAAAUCAUUUUCAAAAUGAAGUUUCAACUUUCUAACAA